AUGGCACAAUGGAAAGGGGGAAGGACCCCGACAAAGGGAAAGCACAGAGACACCCGAUGUAUGUUCUCUAAACCUUUUAGAAAACAUGGGGUGGUUCCUUUGACAACAUACAUCCGAAUCUACAAGCAAGGUAAUAUUGUAGACAUCAAGAGAAUGGGUACUGUUCAAAAAGGAAUGCCCCAUGAAUGUUACUAUGGCAAAACUGGAAGAGUCUACAGUGUUACCCAGCAUGCUGUUGGCAGUGUUGUGAACAAACAAGUUAAGGGCAAGAUUCUUGCCAAGAGAAUCAAUGUGCGUAUUGAGCAUAUUAAGCAUUCUAAGAGCAGAUACAGCUUCCUCAAAUGUGUGAAGGAAAAUGACCAGAAAAAGAAGGAAGCCAAACAGAAAGGUACCUGGGUUCAACUGAAGCAUCAGCCUGCUCCACACAGAGAAGCACACUUUGUGAGAACCAAUGGAAAGGAGCCUGAGCUUCUGGAACCUAUUCCCUAUCAAUUCAUGGGAGAAUUUUUCAACAGCGGCUUCACCAUUUUAUACUUUUACCAACAAUAUGCAAGUGUUUCAGGUUCUCCACAUCCUCACACUGAUAGGCCAACAUGUAUGAGAAGGCUCGCUCUCGGACCAGUACUGCCACGGGUCUUCGAGUGGCUGCCGACUCGCAAGCCGGUGGCUGCGGAAACGCUUCCGGCCCAGAGUCUGGAGGCCUGGGAGCCCGGGGACCUGCUGCGCAUGCGCGCCCCGCGCAGCCUCUCCGAAGCGGCCCGUUUAGUUACGUCACCGCCAACCUCGCUCGGACGGCAACCGGCGGGAGUUUUUCAAAAUGGGAGUGCGGAGGCACCGCCCAGGCCUCGGAAGGUGUCAGAGAGACCUUUUGGUGGCUUUACCGUCGUCGCCCGGAGCGGCGGCCUAGAGAGCGAAGCCUGA